CGGAAGUUGGCUUCUCCCAGCUAGCUCACGUCUUGACGAAGCCUUGUCAGAGUGAGGCAGUAUUUCAGGGAAUCGCCGAUUAGUGAAUGUGGCCUGUUGGCAUGAGAGGAAGUAAGCAACGUUAACCUGAUCGUUCCCAGGGCGGUACGGCAGCGUCUAUCCGAACGGGAAAACCCGGCCGCUGCUGGAGCUACUCCCCCGGCUCCAUAAGCUAGCUCACAUCAAGCCGCUGCCUGAACCCGGAUCCAGGCGGAAAGCGGGGCCUCUGGCUGCUACGGCUCGGUUUUAAAACUCUCUCGGAUUUCUGGAGCGACAUCCUGCUGAGAUGGAGAGCCUUAGGGAAGCACUGGAGAAGCUGAAGCUGGCGUCUACAGACAAUACCACUGACAGCACGGAGAACAGCCUGGACUGCCUGCUGAGCGCACUCACCCAAAACAACACGGAGGCCAGCAGAAAGAUGCAGGAAAUGGGCAUCCUAUCCCUGCUCCCCACCCUGCUCAACCCCCAGUCUUCCUGGACCCCGAAGGUCGCCAACAUCAUAGCAGAGAUGGCUAAAAACGAGUUCAUGAGGAGUCCCUGUGUGGAAGCUGGCCUCAUCCCUCCUCUAGUUCAGCUGUUAAACUCCACUGACCAGGAGGUUUUACUGCAAACCGGUCGAGCGCUUGGCAACAUCUGCUAUGACAGCCAUGAGGGCAGGAAUGCAGUACACCUGGCAGGAGGGGCUCAGAUAGUAGCUGAACACAUUAAGUCCCUCUCCCAAAAUACUGAUCCGGAAAAAGAGAGACUCUUGGCUGUCUUUUGUGGCAUGCUGAUGAACUAUAGCAAUGAUAAUGAUACCUUACAAGCCCAGCUGAUUAACCUGGGUGUUAUUCCAACCCUGGUGAAGCUGCUGGGCAUCCAUUCCCACAACACCGCCCUGACAGAAAUGUGUCUGAUUGCUUUUGGGAACUUGGCAGAGCUGGAGUCCAGCAAAGAGCAGUUUGCUUCCACCAACAUUGCUGAUGAGCUAGUGCAUCUUUUCCAGAAACAGACAGAGCACGAGAAGAAGGAGAUGGUCUUUGAAGUUCUGGCUCCACUCGCUGAAAAUGAUGUUAUAAAGCUGCAGCUGGUGGAGGCAGGCCUAGUGGAGUGUCUACUGGAGGUGGUGGCUCAGACUGUAGACGGUGAGCGGGAGGAAGACAUCGCCCAGCUCAAGACCGCCUCAGACCUCAUGGUCCUUCUGCUACUCGGGGAUGAGUCCAUGCAGAAGCUGUUUGAGGGAGGAAAAGGCAGCGUCUUCCAGAGGGUCCUGUCCUGGAUCCCAUCCCACAACCACCAGCUGCAGCUUGCCGGGGCUUUGGCCAUCGCAAACUUCGCCCGCAACGACGGGAACUGCAUCCACAUGGUGGACACUGGGAUUGUUCAGAAACUUCUGGAGCUGUUGGAACGCCAUGUUGAAGAAGGCAAUGUGACGGUGCAGCACGCAGCACUCAGCGCCUUGCGGAACCUGGCCAUACCUGUGGUGAACAAAUCCAAAAUGCUGUGUGCUGGCGUGGCAGAUGUGGUGCUGAAGUUUCUGCAGUCAGAGAUGCCUCCGGUCCAGUUCAAACUCCUGGGAACGUUACGAAUGCUCAUCGAUACUCAAGCUGAAGCCGCGGAACAGCUGGGAACCAAUGGAAAGCUGAUUGAAAGGCUAGUGGAGUGGUGUGAAGCCAAAGAUCACGCGGGGGUGAUGGGCGAGUCCAACCGCCUGCUGUCGGCUCUGAUCCGACACAGCAAGUCUAAGGAAGUUGUCAGAACUGUGAUCCAGAAAGGAGGAGUCAAGCAUUUAGUAACUAUGGCAACCAGUGAACAUAUGAUUAUGCAGAACGAAGCACUGGUGGCUCUGGGGCUCAUAGCAGCGCUGGAUUUGGUUGCAGCUGAGAAGGACUUUGUUGGAGCCAACCUUGUGUCGGUGCUUCACAAGCUGCUGUCUGAUGAAAGGAGCGCACCGGAGAUAAAAUAUAACUCCAUGAUCCUCAUCUGUGCAGUCAUGGGCUCAGAGCCUCUUCACAAGGAGGUACAGAGCCUGGCGUUUAUUGACGUGGUGUCCAAACUGAGAUCUCAUGAAAACAAGACUGUGUCACACCAGGCCUCGCUCACAGAGCAACUGCUAACUGCACAGAGCUAAAUGACUGUGUCCACUCCCAACCCCUCCAACACCCCAACACUCCUGAAUGCCUGCCUGACCACCCAACACCUCGUGACUGCUCCCCCAUUGUGCCCCAUCGUCAUGUGCCAAGGUACUUCAUCGCGUUAACUGCCAGCCAGACAUCUGCCCCUCUCUGUCCUGUGUCCCCUCAGCCUCAGUCUUAGAAACAAACAGUAAAACAUUUUAUAUUCAAGAGCUACUGUCAUUUGUAACUGAUGUAGAAACGAACAGAUUUUACCCAGAUGUGUUAUAUUUAGGUCAAGAAAUCUUCCAAGACUUCAGAGGAUUCAAGUUGUUUCUGUUUGAAAGCCAUAAAAAUGAUUCAGUUGGAAUGCUGAGGUAGGUCUCCUUCCACACCCAUAUUCUUAUGUGGACAGACUUCCCACCAGUGAUGAACUGGUAUUUGACCUGAGGUGAUAUAUCAGUCUAAACUAAGAUUGCCCCCAGGUGUGCAUGUAUGUUCUGCCUCAAGCCUGACGCAACAGAAGAAGAGACAAUGCUCUUUAAGACCACAGCUGUGACACCAAACCAGGUACAAAGAAUUUUCAAAAGGAAAAAAAGAAAAUCUCCUUGUUAUGGUUUAUUUGAUUGAAGCAGCCUGCCAUGAUGUCCCAGUCAUGUCUCAUAUAGCUGGAGUUUAAUCUGAGUAGAACAUGUGCAUGUUUUUGUCCUGUUCAAGCUGUGACCAUUUUCAUUUUGACCUCUUCUGCUGCCUGCUUCAUUCUCUCCUGACACCUUGGGUCCUAAACUUUUUAUUCUAAGCCUUGGAAGUAGAGAUUUUAGUGUUUCAGUUCCACUUCUGUCCCAAUAUCCCACUAAUCCAAUGGCUGGAUAGUGAAGGUUGAGCCCCAGACUGUGUCCAACCUGUCCCUGAUGAUGAUUUGGAGUAAAUGCAGUUUAGGAAUGUUGUGAGUGUGCUUUUCCCAACUGAAGCAUCAUGUUGUUGAACCAUCAGCAGAGAUGCACAAGUGUUAGCUGGAACUCUUUGCUUUGAUCCAACAGCUUCACACUUCAUAUUAUGCUCUGUCUUCAACGUCUCCUCGUAGUUUCUCAACAAAUUUUACUGUUAGAAUAUCGAAAGUAUGCGCUCAGCAAAUAUCAGCCAAUCCCUUCCACCAAUUUAAAAUUAUGUUUACAUAAAGUUUUAUUAAAGCUUAUAGUUGCAAAUCCAAAUUUGUCAACGCAUAGUGAAAUCUGUGUAAAGCGACUAUUUAUUACCCUGUGGAUGAAGCUCAUUUUUUGAUAUUUUGUAGAUAAUAGAUGCUAUGAAGAGCAGUUCCCUUCCUCAAAGCCGAUUGGUUGUUCAUGUCUGAGGGGGGUUCCUGCUAACAUGCCCAUCUGAGCAUGUGCGACACUGUGCUGUGUCACCUGGUGUGUUCCUCAGUCUGGACCCAUGCUACGUCUUGUUUUUAAAGAUGUGAAUGGUUAUUUAUCAGAUUUGUGAUUAGGACACAUGCUGGUGAAGAUGUAUCCAUUGUAACUGCAUAAAAAUCUUGUCAACUUAAGUGUGUGUUGUAAAUGUUAUGAGUUGUACAUUUGAAGAAUUCAACAGACAAUUAAAGGAUAAUGGCUGGUGAUGUUUGAA